AAGUAUAAAUAAAGCAGCUAAUAGUAAAGCUAUUAAAAGUCAAAAAGAUUCCAUUUUCCAGCAGUUCACUUAAAAUAAAAGCAUCCUUGGAGAGAGAACUUGAAAAAAGCAGCUGGUUGCUGAUGAUAUUUUGUCCCUUCCAGCUUCUAGUUGUCAAAACAAGUUAGAUUUUGUCGAGCUUCUUGGAAAUCACUUGCUAGGGUUUUGAUAUUUUAUAUUGUGGUGGAAGUUGAAAGUUUCAGUUUUUGAGAUUUCAUUUCUCACGUCAAGUAUUGAAUUUUCACUUUCUGGGUUUUCUGUAUUUGAUUGAUUGAUUGUCAUCUUGACAAGUAAGAAAGGAAGUGUUGAAAAUGUACAGUGGAUGGAUGCUGUUCAGUUUGGCUUAUCAAAGUUCGAGACUUUAUCAUCCCCAAGAAGUUGGUGACCGUUUCUUGUAAGUUUGGGAACUGGGUUUUCAAUUAUAUACAGUAACUGUUAUUAUUCUCAAGGAUAAGAUAAGACUGAGAUUUGUGUGAAAUUCAUGUUUGAUCGUGGUAAAAUGGAAUUGAGUUCUUGGCUUUAGAAUCAUUGAAUCAAGAUUUAGAGUAUGCUAAAGGAAUUGUUUUUUAUUUGAGAGUUGCUUAGUACUGGGGAUUUUUGUGCAUGACCAUUUUGAAAGGAAAGUAAUUUUUGGGUUGCAAAAUUAAAGAAUCAAGGUUUCAGUUAGAAGCAAGGGAUUAAAAAUUUUGAGAUUGAUUGAUAAGUCUGUGAGAUACCGUGUGUGAUCACCAUGAAGAAACAAAGCAGCUUCAAUGGAAGAAUUAUGGAAAGGCAGCGGAGUUUCAGCGGAGUAACUGACAAAAAGAAAGUGUUUGAGAAGCAAGUGAGUUUUCACGGAAUACCAGAUAAACAGAAAGUGAUGGAAAAACACCCCAGUUUUCUAGGUGUAGCAGAAAAUGGGUCAGCUUCUCAUAGAGUGAUGGAAAAACACCCCAGUUUUCGUGGAGUGGAGAAGGGUUUACGUGGAUUUCUGGAUAAACAGAAGAGUUUUCGUGUAGUGAUGGAGAGACAACUUAGUUUUAUUGGUGGUGGUGAGAGGAAAAAGACCAAGGAUUCACCUGGAAAGCGAGGUGACUCACAGAUUCAUUUGGCAGCACGUACUGGGAAUUUGGGUAGAGUUAGAGAGAUCCUUCGGAAUUCUGAUGGUACUGAUUUGAAGGUUCUGUUGGCAAUGCAGAAUCAUGAAGGAGAAACUCCUCUUUAUGCAGCUGCAGAGAAUGGGCAUGCUGAGGUUGUUGCUGAAAUGCUCGAAUCCAUGGACCUGGAGACUGCAUCUAUUGCAGCUAGGAAUGGGUAUGAUCCAUUCCAUGUGGCUGCAAAGCAGGGUCAUCUUGAUGUCUUGAGGAAGCUUUUGGGUGUAUUCCCCAACUUGGCCAUGACAACUGAUUCAUCAUGUACAACUGCUCUACACACUGCUGCGACUCAAGGGCACAUUGAUGUGGUCAAUCUUCUUUUAGAAACAGAUGCAAAUCUUGUUAAGAUUGCACGGAAUAAUGGUAAGACUGUCCUCCAUUCAGCUGCAAGGAUGGGGCACUUGGAAGUUGUGAGGUCCCUCCUAAUCAAGGAUUCAAGCACUGGUUUUAGGACCGAUAAAAAAGGACAAACUGCAUUGCACAUGGCUGUGAAAGGGCAAAAUGAGGAAAUUGUGCUGGAAUUGCUCAAACCUGACCCCUCUGUUAUGCAUGUGGAAGACAAUAAGGGAAACACAGCAUUGCAUGUUGCAAUAAAGAAAGGGCGUGCUCAGAAUGUACGUUGUCUGUUAUCAGUCGAGGGUGUUAACAUCAAUGCUUUUAACAAAGCUGGAGAGACCCCAUUAGACAUUGCUGAAAAACUUGGGGUCCAAGACCUUGUAUGCAUUUUGAAGGAAGCAGGGGCUAACAAUUCCAAAGACUGUGGAAAGCCCCCUAGUUCAGCAAAGCAACUAAAGCAGACUGUCAGUGCCAUAAAACAUGAUGUUCAGUCCCAGCUCCAACAGACCCGUCAAACUGGCUUCAAGGUGCAGAAAAUUGCCAAGAAGCUGAAGAAGCUACACAUUAGUGGCCUCAACAAUGCUAUAAAUAAUGCAACUAUUGUUGCAGUUCUCAUUGCUACAGUUGCUUUUGCAGCCAUUUUCACUGUGCCUGGCCAGUAUGUCGAGGAGAAAACUGAUGGGGCAGCAAUUGGGCAAGCCCGUGUAGCAAGAAAUCCUGCUUUCUUAGUCUUCAUCGUAUUUGACAGCCUGGCAUUAUUUAUCUCUCUGGCUGUCGUUGUUGUCCAAACGUCUGUUGUUGUGAUUGAACAAAAGGGAAAGAAGCAGCUUGUGUUUAUUAUUAACAAGCUCAUGUGGCUCGCUUGCCUCUUCAUUUCAGCGGCCUUUAUUUCUCUUACUUACGUGGUGGUGGGUAAGAAAUUCAGGUGGCUUGCUAUCUAUGCAACAGUCCUUGGUGGCAUAAUCAUGCUCGCUACAAUUGGCUCCAUGUGCUAUUUUGUCAUUUUACAUAGGAUGGAGGAGUCAACUUUAAGGAAUAUAAGGAGAGAAAGUCGGUCCCGUUCUUAUUCUAUGUCCGCGGCAUCAGAUCAAGAGAUUUUGAACAGUGAAUGCAAGAGGAUGUAUGCACUCUAAAGACAUUAGAAUAUGGAGAGCUGAAACCAGGACUCUAUGACUAAUAUCUCACUCUAUAUAUGAAAUUGCUACGCUCACUCUCUGGUGAUUAUAGAAUUUGAUGUCAGAAGUGGAGCUAAGGUGUUGAUUUACUAAAUAAUGCUUUGAGAUGAACAUAACACUCAGCAAUCGAGAGGAAGCCCCUCAUCUUCUCAUUCUGGCUGUACAUGGACCUCUGAGAAAGCUUCCUCAAUACGAUUUUGGUUUCCUAUUGGAUGAGCUCAGAUCUGGUGUGAAUCUGAGUUUGAUGGUUUCUGACAGAUUCGAUUGAAGCUCAAAGCAGGUAUGAAGAUGCCAAUGACUGAUGCUGUACAAGGGUCUGCUUGAAUUUUAUGCGUAGUAUGUUGAAAAUAUUGUAAUAACAGGAUCCAUCUAAUUAAUGGAGAAAAGCUUUAUAUCCCUGUUUUGAUUGUAUUCAGUUUAGAU